AAUUAAACUUACAAGAUGAUGAAAUAUUUGGAAAACUUACACAAAGUUUUUCCGCUUCCGGUUUCUGCAUUGAUGAUUGCAUUUGUUCGCUGYACGACUGCAGGUAUCGCCUGAAAAACAAAUAAAACAAGAGUCACCUCAUCAAAGUCCUUCUAAAUCACUUUCCAAUAGUCGGGCGAUUGAUUCCCAACUUGGUCAGUCUGUUAACAAGGRCCUCAUUGAUUCCCAAAGCUUGGAAAGAACUCGAUCGAAAUAGCAGAGUUUUUCCCCAAAUCUAUGAUAAUACGAARAGAAAUAUGGUGCCAAGAUGGACACAUUCGAAGUUCGAGCUUCCACRUAUUCCUCCAAGGCUUACAGAGUUUGACGACAAAGACCAUACUCCUACAGUUAAGAGAAAUGAUAACAGUGUUUUGGCUCUUGAGGGAAGAGUUCCCAAUUAUCUCUUGCUGGUGUCAUUACUGGAAAAGCAAUGCUCAUUGUAUGAAACCAAUUUAGAGAAGAGAAGACAGAUAUUUAAUGUUGUAUGUGAACAGCUUUCCAAAAUGAAGGUCAUGCCUGCAUUUUCAUUCAUGGAGGAGUUUUCUGUCAUUAGGUCCAAGUAUAUAAUGGCUUUCAAUGAUCUGAUGCAAGCUGCUGCAAAGUCUGUCAAUGGAAUGGGUUCUCUGGUUUGUCCACCAAAACUAAGAAAAAACAGUUUCCAAUGCCCUUCAUGGUCAUUAGGCCCGGAAUGGCAGAGUCGACAGUCUAGAUAUGAGGAAGAAUUUGAAGAAAUUGGUCGUCUUGGUAAAGGAGGCUUCGGCAGUGUAGUGAAGGUUAAAAACAAACUGGACGGAAGAGAUUAUGCUAUCAAGAAAGUCCCUCUGAAAGAAGCUGACCCAGAUCUUUGGUCAAAGAUAUUGAGAGAAGUGAAAGUGUUAGCAAGGCUUAACCAUGUCAAUGUUGUUGGGUAUCAUUCUGCUUGGUUGGAGUGUGUGACCAUGGCAAACUCAAAGGCAACCAUUCCAAACACUUGGAAUGAUGCUGUUCAUCCAGAUGCAACUAUGUACCACAACUCUAAGAGACUGGUUAAUAAGACGUAAUGAAAACAUUGCUGAAACARGAGAAGACAUUGAUACAGCUGCUAGCAUGACUAUAUUUCGCCAGAUUCUAGAGGGUGUUCGAUACAUUCAUCAACAGUUGCUUAUGCAUAGAGACUUGAAGCCUCGUAAUAUUUUCCUUCAAAGUUUAACAAAGCGCAAAGAAGACAUCUCCCCACCCCUCCAAGUCAAGAUUGGAGACUUUGGUUUGGCAAGAAAGGAUGCUGUGGCAUAUCCUGAGAAUGGAAGUCCUCURGCAACUUUAAUUGAGCCACUCACUCCAUUGAAUCCAAAGUUUACAUUACCAUUGUCUCGUGAUGGGCACACUGCUGGUGUUGGUACAUGCACAUAUGCCUCKCCUGAGCAGCUGAGAAACAGUGACUAUGAUAACAGAGCCGACAUAUACAGUCUUGGUAUCAUUCUGUUUGAACUGUUUUAUCCUUUUGCUACUGAAAUGGAGCGAGUGACGUGCAUCAAGAAUUUGAGACAAGGGCGUUUACCAGAGGACUUCGUAGAAAAAUGGCCUAAACAGAGUAAGUUGAUUUCAGAAAUGAUAACGGCGGACCCGUGUGAUCGGCCUACUGCUGAAUCCAUCCUGAAGUUGGAUUUUGUUAAGGACAGGAGCGAGGUUUGCAAGAAGCUCGGCGAAACUGUUGAAAUGCAGGCGAAGGAAAUUGAGGAACUCAAGAGCGUACUUUUGGUGAAAGACAUGGAACUUGAAGAACAAGUCAAUGAAAAAGAACACUUACAAAGAGAACUUGCUGAACGAGAUGAACUUAUCAGUCGUCUACUUGCCAGCAAAAGGCUUUGUGCGUCGUGUGGUCAGAACUUACAACAAAUGGACAUUGAAUAGAAAAGAAAGCAAGAUGGUGGCAUGAGGUACAUCGUUUGCCAUAAAUUCCUGUUAAAUUUCGAGCUAAAUAAGCGUAAGAAUAAGCAUAGGGAGACUUACAAUUGUAAACUGUAUUACACUUUUCAGUAUAGAAAUUCAAAGAUUUCCUCCACCCUCUUCUUGUGCCUAUUUUUUUCGCUUAUUUCGCUACUAAAUGCCGAUGUCAUGUUGUCAUUUGAGCGGCAUUUGGCAUAUAUAUAUCCUGUUGACAGGAUAGAUAUUGUUUAUAAAUUUGUAGAUAUUUAUUUAUUUAUCAUUUUAUUAGUACAAUACUAUAUAACAAUUUUGUCGAAAUUUAAUGACAGUUACGUCAAAAGUUGUUGGCUAUCUGUCUUUCAAAAAUACGAAUGAUUUUUCAGAUGGCCUCCCAAGUUCAAUAUUGAGCGUCUUAAGAAAUAUUGGCCUGUUUCAAAAAMCGUUUUCUGUGGAAAGAAGACUUUCCGUUAUAAGUUUUUUAUAGAAACAAAUGUUAUUUGUAAAAYAAGAUAAUUGUUUUGAGYAGGUAUUUCAGUUCAAGUGUGCUUUGAGCUCAACCUCCGCCCUCGCUUACCUCCGGACCCCCACGGCAAGAACCGUGUAAAAUUGUUUCAAUUCGGUAAGCCAAACGAAAAUAUAACAUUAAACUAUCUUAUUCAAAUCUUUCAUUGUUCCUUUGGCGUAUUUUUUCUCGUUUCUCAGUGUGUAUCAUUUUAAAUUAGGUUUUCGCGAUAAUGUUUUGGUAAAUCUAAUUUGGAACAGACAAUAACAGCAUCGUGGGACUUGACUCUUUAUCGAAAUUGUAUUUAUUAACUUUAAUAAAUAAUACAAAUAUUUAAAUUGAGUUAUACAUACUAGCGAUGGAUAACUCUAAGUGACAAUUUAGUUCAUUGUAUAAUGAUUUUAAGGACCUUUUUAGAAGUACAAUUUUAUAAUGUAACUAAGUGUAAGCCAGAACGUUUCGAGGCUUGAAAAUCUAUACUGAAUUUAUUUUACUUUUUGAAAUUUCAGUCCCUAUAAAGUAUAUAUUGUUAUUUUGAAGAUACUUAAUUAGAAAUGGGUAACUUUUUUUCUACUCUUUGAACUGUUUGAAUGAGGUAACUUUGUACAUAAAUUCGUUAUCAAAUAUCAAAUAAAAAUUGGAAUUCUUGAUU